GAUGGGCUGGAUGGGCUGGAUGGAUGGUCGUGGUCGGGGUGGGGUGGGGUUGCUUGCUUGCUUGCUUGCUGGGUCUACGAUGCCUACCAGAGACCUCCAUGCUGUCCGCACUGUACGAGCGACGCUUCAUGGCCUUCGAAGCUUCGAAUUCUGACCGGCUCUUGAUCGUGUGGCCGCUACAUAGGCACGGGAACAGUGGAGUAGGAGGUGGGCAUGUACCCACCCUUCCUUCCUUGCCUGCCACUCGUACUCAACCUACUGACACUGACUCAAGCCUUCGAGUACUCUAUGUACAUACGGGAGGCGUACCAGUACAAAGUGCAAUAUAUCAGUACCCAAGGCCAGUAUGGUGGCUGCGGGUGUGAGCACGUACCAAUGCUUACCUGCCACGGGGGCACCAGUACCUACUGCACAUGAUCGAGCAGCGCUUACUCCGUCCGUCGCUGUCUGUCUGUCUGUCUGUCCUUUCCUCUCAGACAGACAAGUCCCCAGUACAGGACCGAAUGAUCGUGGGAUUCCAUCCAUCUAGUAGUGCCGAUAUCGACCGACGUCCAGCGCCGAUCGCGACAGGAUCUGCAUCGACAUCGACAUGUAUCACGGAAGCCUAAAGGGCAAACGGAAAAAGAGCGGCGGCUUCUGGAAGUGUUCUAGUGCUUAUUCUGCAGCUCUGCAGCUGUGCGGG